AUGAGCGUCGAAGAUAUACAGAAGGCCAGAGAGGCAGUGCCUUUCAACAGAGAGAAUCUAGAAAGUGUUUUGAAGAGACGGUUUUUCUUCGCACCUUCGUUUGAAUUGUAUGGUGGUGUUUCCGGUCUUUAUGACUAUGGUCCUCCAGGUUGUGGAUUCCAGGCCAACGUUGUUGAUGCCUGGAGAAAGCACUUCAUUUUGGAAGAAGACAUGCUAGAAGUCGACUGUACCAUGCUAACACCUCACGAUGUUCUUAAGACUUCCGGCCAUGUUGACAAGUUUUCCGACUGGAUGUGCAGAGACAUGAAAACCGGUGAAAUUUUCAGAGCUGACCAUCUUGUGGAAGAAGUUCUUGAGUCCCGUUUGAAAGGUGACCAGGAAGCUCGUGGAUUGGUGAAAGAUGCUAACGCCAACGCACAGGACGAUGCCGACAAGAAAAAGAGAAAGAAGAAGGUUAAGGAAAUCAAGGCCGUCAAACUGGACGACAACGUUGUCAAAGAAUACGAAGCUGUGUUGGCCAAAAUCGAUGGUUAUUCCGGAGAAGAAUUGGGAGAACUCAUGGUCAAGUACAACAUUGGGAACCCCGUCACUGGAGAAACCCUCGAGCCUCCAAGAGCGUUCAACUUGAUGUUUGAAACCGCUAUCGGUCCUUCUGGUCAACUCAAGGGCUACUUGAGACCAGAAACCGCACAAGGUCAGUUUUUGAACUUCAACAAGCUAUUGGAGUUCAACAACAACAAGGCUCCAUUUGCCUCUGCUUCUAUCGGAAAGUCAUUCAGAAACGAAAUUUCACCAAGAUCCGGUCUUUUGAGAGUUCGUGAGUUUUUGAUGGCCGAAAUUGAGCAUUUCGUGGACCCUCUCGACAAGUCUCAUCCUCGUUUCCCAGAAAUCAAGGACAUUAAAUUGAGAUUCCUACCCCGCGAAGUUCAGCAGGCGGGUUCGACUGAACCUGUGGAGUCCACCGUUGGCGACGCUGUCAACUCCAAAAUGGUCGACAACGAAACCUUGGGUUAUUUCAUUGCUAGAAUUUACUUAUUUUUGGUCACGAUCGGUGUUGAUCCAACGAAGCUAAGAUUCCGUCAACACAUGGCCAACGAAAUGGCCCACUACGCUGCUGACUGUUGGGACGCCGAAUUGAAGACUUCUUACGGAUGGAUAGAAUGUGUUGGCUGCGCUGAUAGAUCUGCAUACGACUUGACUGUCCAUGCGAACAAGACCAAGGAGAAAAUGGUGGUAAGACAAAAGUUGGAAGAACCAAUUCAAGUCACCAAAUGGGAGAUCGAAUUGACUAAGAAAUUGUUCGGGCCUAAAUUCAGGAAAGACGCACCAAAGGUUGAAAGCUACUUGUUGGGCUUGACACAAGAGGAACUAGAGUCCAAGGCCAAAGACCUCAAAGAGGCUGGUAAAAUCGUGUUUUCAAUCGACGGAAUUGAAGGCCAAAUCGAGUUAGAUGACAAAUUUGUGGCCAUUGAGCAGAAGACCAGAACCGAGCACGUUCGUGAGUUUGUUCCUAACGUCAUCGAACCAUCGUUCGGUAUCGGUCGUAUCAUCUAUUCCAUUUUUGAACAUUCGUUCUGGUCAAGACCUGAAGAUACCGCGAGAGCCGUUCUUUCUUUCCCUCCACUAGUUGCCCCCACCAAGGUUCUUUUGGUUCCACUAUCCAACCACCCCGACUUAUCGGCGGUCGCCCAAGAGGUGGCUAAGGUCUUCAGAAAGGAAAAGAUCCCAUUCAAGAUCGACGAUUCCGGUGUGUCUAUUGGUAAGAGAUACGCUCGUAACGACGAGCUAGGUACUCCAUUCGGUGUGACCAUUGAUUUUGACUCGGUCAAGGACAACACCGUGACUCUAAGAGAAAGAGACUCCACCAAGCAGGUGAGAGGUUCUGUCCAAGACGUUGUCAAAGCCAUCCGCGACAUCACUUACAACGGCACCACAUGGAGCGAAGGUACCAAGUCUCUGAAGCCAUUUGUUGGUCAGACGGAGUAA